AGAAGAUACAAGAGAAUGAGGAUUGAGGCGGGUAAAAUAUUAAACGGUUGGAACAAAAAGCGAAGAAACCAACGCCACUAAAUAAACACUAUCCACCCCUUCCAUCAAUGGCGUCCACGACAGCGACGCUUCUCUUCCCCGCCAUCCACCACCGUCGUCAUCGACUCUCGCCGCCAAUCCACACCUCUCUCGCUUCCGCUUCUCUGCAGCAACGGCGCCGAGCAACUUCUCUGUCAGUUUCAGCUUCUUCCCCUUCAUCAUCUUCACGGUCGCUGGAAGCUCUUAUAUUCGACUGCGACGGCGUCAUUCUGGAGUCCGAGCACUUGCAUCGCCAAGCUUAUAACGACGCUUUUGCUCAUUUCAAUGUGGUGGUUCCUCCCUCCUCUCAGCCACUCAACUGGUCUCUUGAGUUCUAUGAUGUUCUUCAGAAUCAAAUUGGUGGCGGCAAACCUAAAAUGAGAUGGUAUUUCAAAGAACACGGAUGGCCGUCUUCCACGGUUUUUGAGACGCCUCCAGAAGAUCAUUCUGAUAGGGAAAAUUUGAUUGAUACUCUUCAGGAUUGGAAGACUGAAAGGUAUAAGCAAAUUAUCAAAUCUGGCAGUGUGGAUCCCAGACCAGGAGUUUUAAGAUUGAUGGAUGAAGCAAAGGCUGCAGGAAAAAAGUUAGCUGUUUGCUCUGCUGCAACUAAAAGUUCUGUAAUACUCUGUCUUGAAAGCCUUAUUGGCGCUGCGCGCUUCCAAAGUCUUGAUUGCUUUCUUGCAGGUGAUGAUGUUAAGGAAAAGAAGCCCGACCCUUCAAUUUACUUGACAGCACUUACGAGACUUGGUGUGUCAGAGAAAGAUUGUCUAGUGGUGGAGGAUAGUGUCAUCGGGUUACAGGCAGCAACUGGAGCUGGGAUGUCGUGUGUGAUUACAUAUACAUCAUCAACGGCUGAGCAGGAUUUUGGAGAUGCCAUAGCCAUAUAUCCCGACUUGGGUGAAGUUGGAUUGGGAGAUCUAGAGUCCUUGCUUGAAAAAGUUGCCGUGGUGAAUUAAAAAUCAUUGAUGUGCAUAUAUAUAUAAUCUGCAAAGCAAGAUCUGUUUGAUCCCGAUUGAUCAAAAAUGAAGGGACGGCUGACAUCAAUAUUCUUUUAAAGUAAGUAUACGACACAGCCAUAUGAAUAAAUGAUUUGGUGGACUUCGAUAAUUAAUACUAGUUUUAGAUAGCUGACAUUGGUUAUUACUAGUUUUUAUAAUGUAACUGUUUGUUGUAUGAUGGGGAUGUAAAACGAUACAAGACUGGCCCCGUUUUGUUUGUGACAUUCUGUUAUUAUACGAGUCAUGCUCAAAUUCCCAGCAUUUGAUUUAUGAGAGGAAGUUUAACUAGCUAUUUAACCAGAAAAACAAA